AGUUCGAUUUCCUAAUUCCUUAUUACUAUCUCUCUCUAAAUUCGUUUUUUUUUUCUUCCGAUCAAAGCAGCGAAAAAGCAUCGGAGAUAUGUCGUCUAAGGACAAGAAACCGUCGAAGCCAGCAAGUGGUCGGACUGGUGGUAUCCGUACACUUUCCGAUCUGAACCGAAGAUCAGAGCCUGAUUCCGAUAGUGACUCCGAUGGACCUCAAGAGUACUACACCGGUGGCGAAAAAAGUGGUAUGCUAGUUCAGGAUCCUACAAAAGAACCAAAACACGAUGAUGUUGAUGAGAUAUUCAAUCAAGCAAGACAACUAGGUGCUGUGGAAGGACCUCUUGAGCGACCUUCAAGUUCCAGAAGCUUUACUGGAACAGGAAGAUUGCUUUCAGGAGAAAGCGUGCCAACCGCUCUUCAACAGCCUGAGCCUGUGAUUCACAAUAUUAUUUUCUGGUCUAAUGGAUUCACUGUAGAUGAUGGACCUUUGAGGAAGUUGGAUGAUCCAGAGAAUGCUUCUUUUCUUGAUAGCAUUCGAAAGUCUGAAUGCCCGAAAGAGCUUGAGCCUGCUGAUAAGAGAGCUCCGGUACAUGUUAAUCUUAUGAGAAGAGAUGAGAAAUGCCCUGAGAAAGAGAAACUUAAGGUUGCAUUUCAAGGAGUUGGAAGGACUCUAGGUGGUGCAAGCUCAUCAACAGCUUCAAGCCUAGACAACCUAACUGAUGUAGCAGCGGUUUCAUCACCGUCGCAGAGCCUUGUAGUAGAUGAAACUCUCCCAUCCACAUCGAUCCAGCUUAGACUCGCGGACUGGGACACGCAUGCUUCCAUGGCGAAAACUCGACCUGGUGUCGCCUCCAAAAUUAAGCCUGGUAGGAAGGAGCUGGACUCUUAUACCAUCAAGGGCACCAACAAAGUUGUGAGAGCGGGAGAUUGUGUGUUGAUGCGCCCAUCAGAUGCUGGUAAACCACCAUAUGUGGCCCGUGUUGAGAAGAUUGAAGCUGAUGCUAGGAACAAUGUGAAGGUGCACUGUCGAUGGUAUUACCGUCCUGAGGAGUCCCUUGGUGGUAGGAGACAAUUUCAUGGAGCCAAAGAGCUUUUCCUGUCUGAUCAUUUUGAUGUUCAAAGCGCACACACCAUCGAGGGCAAAUGCAUCGUUCACACCUUCAAGAACUACACGAGGCUUGAAAACGUCGGGGCGGAGGAUUAUUAUUGUAGAUUCGAGUACAAAGCUGCUACUGGCGCGUUUACCCCUGAUCGAGUUGCUGUGUACUGCAAAUGUGAAAUGCCUUACAAUCCAGACGAUCUCAUGGUGCAGUGUGAAGGCUGCAAAGACUGGUAUCAUCCUGCGUGUGUUGGCAUGACGAUUGAAGAAGCAAAGAAGCUUGAUCACUUUGUAUGUGCUGAAUGCAGUUCUGAUGACGAUGUCAAAAAAUCGCAGAACGGGUUUACUUCAUCUCCAGCUGAUGAUGUUAAGGUGGAAACGAAGCGCAGAAAAAGAUAAUCGCGAGUUCUUGGAGAGAAAAGCCAGAGGGGAUGGUAAGUUAUAACUUGGGAAGCUCUUUGGUGCAGAUUUUAGUAAGUUAGGGUUUUAUCUUUGUCGGUCUUUGUCGUCUAUGGUUGUGAUGAUGUCUGUAUGGUGCGUUCGAAAACUUAGAGAAAUGUGAAAAAUGGAGAGAGAUUGGAGAGAUGAUGAAGAAAAUUAUGUUGGCAGAGUCAGUUGUAUAGACUUUUCCGUGGGGUUUAAGUUAACUUUAGGUUUGUUUAUUGUUAUGGUCUGUUGUUGUUUUGUGGCUGAUGAGAACAGAUGAAUAUGAACAACGCUUUUGACUUUGGGUCAUCUCAACAAAAACUAACAUCAGAU